AUGAAAGUGAUUAAUUGCAUUCUCAAUUUGUUUCUCGUUUUUAAAGUAGUUUCAUUAGGAUUUGCAGAUGUGGUUCCGGUGCCAUCAUUUGAAAUUAGUAAAGAGUCAAUUUUGAAGCAUUUGUCAUUGGACAACAUCACUUUGGAUCUUCCAGCUUUAUACGUAUUUGGAGACAAUUUUGUUGAUGCAGGAAAUAAUAAUUAUCUCAAUUUCCCUAUAAUUCAAAGUAAUUUUUCUCCGUAUGGAAUAGAUUUUGAUGGAAAACCCACCGGUCGUUACACCAAUGGUAGAACAGUAGCAGAUUUCAUUGCUCAAUUUACUGGUUUGCCAUUUCCUCCAGUACUAAGUUUGUCUAAAGAUGUUAAGAGAGUUCCUCAAACAGGUUUAAAUUAUGCUACUGGUUUCACCGGCAUCUGUAGACUAUAUGACAAACCAUUCUCACCCGAGGUAGAAUUGAAGCAAUUACCGGAGCAUUUGAAAUAUUCAUUUUUGGGCAAAAAUGAAACUUUGCCAGUGAUCAUCAUAAGUAAAUUAUUCGAAGGUGAAUAUGAAGCUUUGGUAGUAGUGUUGCGCUCUCACAAAGAAUCCAUAGGAUGGGCAUUGCUGACAUUAAAGGAUUAA